GUUUGGUUGUAGCCUUUGGUGAUCCGCCGGGUAUGUUUGAAACGAAAUCGAAAAGAACUGACUUGUAUUCUGAUGUCUUGUAAUUGUUUCACUUUUAGUUGAUACAUUGUACAAAUUUGUAACGCUUCUCCAUGACAACGGAAUCGCCUGCAAUUGUAACGCGUGAUUCUAGCGGUGUUCUACAAAGGAAUAAGCUGGAUCAAACAGUUCUUUAACUUUAUGCCAGUUUAAAACUCUCUCUGCGUUGGGAUUGCUUUUCUCUAGGCAUGGACGUGUCGGUGUAUGUAUGUAUUGUGUCGCUGUAUACGUGUAUUGUGUAUGGAAAACCCACUAUUAGAAAAGAAAGGGUUCACCAUGAACCUAUAUUGAGCAGACAAACACACGAAGAUAACCAGAGCUUUCAGUACGAUCAUGAGGCCUUUCUGGGCAAAGAGGAGGCUACCACAUUUGACCAACUCACCCCAGAGGAAAGCAAAGCCAGAUUAGGGAAAAUAGUUGAUCGUAUUGACAGCAAUGGUGAUGGAUAUAUCUCUAUGGAUGAACUCAAGGCCUGGAUCAAGAGAGUACAGAAGCGUUACGUCUAUGAGAACGUUGCAAAGGUCUGGUCUGACUAUGACCUGAACAAAGACAACAAGAUCUCAUGGGAAGAAUAUAAGCAAGCAACCUACGGUUACUAUCUAGCCAAUCCAGAAGAAUUUGAAGAUACAACUGACCAAUUCAGCUUUAAGAAGAUGCUUCCACGAGAUGAGCGCAGGUUUAAGGCUGCAGAUCUAAAUGACGACAUAGCCGCAGAGCGAGAGGAGUUUACUGCUUUCCUCCACCCAGAGGAGUUUGAUCACAUGAAGGAUAUUGUGGUCCUUGAAACCCUGGAGGACAUUGACAAGAAUGGAGAUGGUCAUGUAGAUGAGGAUGAAUACAUUGCAGACAUGUUUGCUCACGAAGAUGGCGGUCCAGAACCAGACUGGGUAAGGACUGAGAGAGAUCAGUUUUCAGAUUUUCGAGAUCUGAAUAAAGAUGGGAAGAUGGACCUAGAGGAGAUUCGCCACUGGAUCCUCCCACAAGACUAUGACCAUGCACAGGCAGAGGCCAGGCAUUUGGUGUAUGAGUCAGACACAGACAAGGACCAGAUGCUUACCAAAGAAGAGAUUCUUGAGAACUGGAACAUGUUUGUAGGCAGCCAGGCCACAAACUAUGGCGAAGACCUCACCAGGAACCAUGAUGAGCUAUGAACCCAAGUAAAAGGUGUGGGACUCUACUGGACAUUGUGGCCUAAUUGGAGCACAGUCAUCCUGACCUGAAACACUAUGGCAUCCAUUCCCUCCUUUGGAAAAACAAAAACAGAAGGCAUGAUACUGAUUCGCCUACUGACUGAUCUGUUGCAGCUCUACCUCACAGAAUGGACAUAGAGGAAUUAUUGCCAUUGAGAGUCUGAAAUAUAGAUGGCCAUGGUCCUAAGUGCAAACUUAGGAUUUCUUCUGUACUCUAUGAUUCUUUUGUGGGUGGCCAAGAGACAAUUCUUGUCUUGACUGAAUGAGCUGCUACAGAUUUCUUUAGCUUAAGCUGAGCCUUUUAACUUGUGCAUUUUCACUUUUUUAAAACAUUCAUAGGUUGAAGCUUGUACAAGUUGUUCCUGUUUUUUUUUGUUUUUUUCUGGUGUCAAUAUAUUGGAACAAUCAAGAUAUACUAAUUCUAUUUAUUUAGACAUUUUAUUGAAUAACAUGUUUUAAUACUAUAAUGCUUUUAUUACAGCAAGUCAGUGUUGUUAUACAGUUAUUAGAUGUGUGUGUAUAUACAUUUUCUGAUGUUCCCAGUGCUGGACCGUAAUGACUCUUAUUUGUUUUCACUGUACAUAUUCUUGAAACACAGCUGCCUCAGAUGCUUCUUUUAAUUAACUUUUUUAUGUCUUUUGGCUUGCAUGUGUAGUUUCUUUUGGAGUUUUAUCAGACAUUAGACAAAAAUAAAGGUUGUAUUUGGUUGUUGUUUUAUGUAAGAUGUUUUACCACUCAUUCAAGUAGUUUCAUCACUUGGCUAAUGGUGAGAAAUCCUUCAUCGUCUUCAAAAUCUGUUCAUUGCUGUACUUUUGUACAUUGCCAAAAUAUGGAUCUGUUUGUCUUCACAAGGGUUUUGAUCUUAAUCCUGGUGUCAAUCCUUUAUCUGAACCAAUUCUAGUAGUGCCCCUUAAAGGUUCUUAUGUAGUGUCAUACUUGAGUAACCUAGUCACUUUAAAGAUGUCUUUAUUAAACGUUCCACUAUAACGCAGAUGAUAAAAACCUUCCUAGUCAAUUUUUAUGUACUAAUACAGUAUAAUGAUAAUUUAUACUAUACUUUUUCACUAAGGUCUUGUUUUUUUUAUUUAAUCUACAAAGGAUUGCAUGAAUUAAUUUAUCUUUGUUGUUCAUUGUAAGUCUUUUCAAUUUCAAAAUCCUUUUUUUUUAUUAUUGUUUUUCUUUUUUUUUUUUUUUUGCUUUGUUAAAUGUACUGAAUUAAAUUCACCAUCUUGUGAUCAACCUGCUGGAGAAAGAGGAAGGAGGUAAAUGUGGAUGUUUGAUUGUCUGCCAACAUAACGCAAUAAAACUUUUUAA